GGAAUAUUCACAGAGUAGUGGUUUGUCGUAAAAGAUGCGGUCAUAUCCUUCACGCAUUUUGUCAUCGCAUUCUCUAUGAGUUACGCAAGUGCACUGCUGUUCUUUUAAUAAGUCUCAAACCUCCUAUUGUGAUCAUACAUACCUAAGGUAACGGUUGCUUCUGCACACUCUCCAUCCUCUCCCCUAUUUCAUAUUUCCUAUUUCCUAUUUCCUAUUUCCUAUUUCCUAUUUAAACGCAUGAGAAAGAGUUGACCAAUCAUAUCGGAGGUUGCUCUCACAUGUGUAUCGAUCUGAGUAUCGUUGAGAACCCCUGAAAUACUUAUUCGAUGGAAAUACAUAGUUGAGGAAAAGCAGAAAAGCAGAAAAGCACCUGGCCCUAUUAUCCAAGAUGUACAAGCCACAGGAUGUUUCGAGACGCCACAAGGCCCCAGUCUCAGGUCCAGUUCCAGUUCCAGCUCCAGCUCCAGCCCCAAAUGAGACCCACAGGGUUGAAAGCCAUAGCAAACCCAAUCGCGGGCAACAGCGACCGCCCAAUGUGAGAUUCUUAGGCCUAAUACCCCACCAUAGCCGUCACCCCACCCUCCAUCUUUUCUUCACAAUCUUUGGAAGCGCCGUCCUCCUAUUUCUUUUAUUCUUCCUUUUUCCCUGGAAGACUCAACCAGAUCGUCAAGGUUGGACAUUUAGGCAAAGCAUCAAGCACGACGUAGACUACCUCAAGGGAUCUUUUUCCCCUUCUACUUCAACGGUUACUACUACCACAACUCUUUACCAAACAGUGCCUACCCCGCUAUACACCCAAGAAGCUGUACCAGAAGCCAAAAUGUCGACUGAGCAGACUUUCAUUGCUAUCAAGCCUGACGGCGUCCAGCGUGGCCUUGUUGGCGCUAUCAUCUCUCGCUUCGAGAGCCGAGGCUUCAAACUUGUUGCCAUCAAGCUGGUUACCCCCGGCAAGGCCCACCUCGAGAAGCACUAUGCCGACCUUGCGGACAAGCCCUUCUUCCCUGGUCUAAUUGAGUACAUGAACAGCGGCCCGAUUGCUGCCAUGGUCUGGGAGGGUCUUGAUGCCGUCAAGACUGGCCGAACUCUUCUCGGUGCCACCAACCCCCUCGCCUCUGCUCCCGGUACCAUCCGCGGUGACUUCGCUCUCCAGACCGGCCGCAACGUCUGCCACGGCUCCGACAGCGUCGAGAACGCCAAGAAGGAGAUUGCUCUGUGGUUCAGCGAGGGUGAUGUCGUCAGCUGGGAGAGCGCCCAGGCUAAGUGGCUCUACGAGUAAGAGAACAACGAGUAGGAAAAAAUAAAUAUAGUGGUAGAGAUCCUCAUGACAUGGUGGCAGUUUGAUCUAGCUUGGACAAGCGAAACAGACAAAACCAUAUAGUCGGAUCAGACAAAAAGUGCACAUUGCAAUGAACCAAGAUUUAUAAACAAAU